AUGAGUGCAGAUAAAUUGAGCUUUAUGUUAGAAAACGGUCUGGAUUUGAGGGAGGUUGUAACUACUGGAUCAAUUCUACAGAUCAACCAAGAAUUCGAUGAAGACGAUUUGAAAGCAGAAGAAAACAAUGAUGAUUUGGCACCACAAGUUGAUAUUCUUGGCCAGGCAGUAUCAAAUUUUGCUGCAUUCUCGGAAAAAUUAGAGACCAUUAAAGAAACUGAACAUGUUAAAAAGAAAAUAAUUGUUGAAGGAGGUGGUCUACCUCUUCAUGAUGGUUGCACUGUGUUUAUUGCCUAUUCUGGUUAUUGGGAAAAUCAACAGGAGCCAUUUGAUCUUGUGCCCUUAAAAAAGCCUAUGGAAGUGGAUUUAAGUGACAAUGGCCUAUUACCGGGUCUGCAGUUUGCAAUCAAAACUAUGCUUGUCGGUGAAACAUCAGUUUUUCUAUGCUCCUACAAAGUAAUGUAUGGAGAAAUGGGAGUUCCACCCAGAAUCAAGCCUAAAGCAGAUUGUGUAUUCUAUAUCAAACUAAUUAAGAGUAUUUUGACACCAAAACAAGGGAAAAUUAACUUCUCCGAAUCAAAUAUGUUCCAACGGGUCAAUCAUGAAGUUAAAAUGUUAACAGUCUCUGGGACUUCACUAUUUAAAACAAACAAUUACUAUGGAGCCAUUCAAUUGUUCAAGAGGGCAGUAAACAUGCUACAUCGUUGCCGCCUUGCCGACGAGCAGGAAGAAGCUGUUCAAGAAAAAUUACUAAAAAAGUUAUAUAUUAACCUGGUUGUUUGUUAUAAUAAGAUCAAUAAACCUCUCUUUGCAUGCACCGCUUGUAACGAGCUGAACAGAUUGGGGAGCUUAUGGAAUAACCCCAAAGUGCUGUUCCAAAAUGCCAAAUCUCUUAGAAUGAUUAAAAGUUAUCCUGAGGCACAGAUAAGACUUAAAAAAGCAAUGAAAUUGCAACCUGGAAAUAAGGAAAUGGAAGCAGAAUAUGCCUUGCUAAUGAAACAGUGGCAGGAAAGUGAGGAAACUAAGAAACAUAUUGAACUUGUCCAACUGCCUGCAUCUAUCACUGAUGAAUUUAAACACGAAGUAGACGACCUUAUUAAAAACUUCAAAAGUAAUGAUGAAGAAUCCAAGAUAACAAUACCUUCAUGCUUCAAUUCCGAUGAGAUUGCUUAUUUCAAAGAAGUUUGCAUUCGAGAAAAUUUGUUUUUCAAUAAACAUCUAAGUACUGACAGUGAUAACAAACCUAAGGAAAAUGCUGAGGCCAGUGAAGCAUGCCCCGAGUUAAGUGAUUAUUUAUGUGUUACAAAAGAUCAGAAAAAAGUUAAUAUAAUAUAA